UUAAUCUGUGUAGCCCCAACUGUGUCUCCAAUCAGUUUCAUCCAUUGACACCUUGCCAGCAAAAACAAAGCAGAGGCCAAGUGUCAAAUCCCAUCAUAAUUAAAGCAACAUCAUCAUUUUCCAAAUCAGCCUUUAAUACCAAGCAAGCGCUUUUCACGACUCCAAAUUGCAUGAAGGCCAACCCUCAAGUUUUCCAGAACCCCCUAAACAAUCUUCUCUUUCCUUUGCUCGAGGAUUCAGGAUAGAAACACAGUUACACAGAUCUUAGGAAUUGUGGGUUUUAUCUGUAAUUGGUGAUAGAGUUGUGUAUAGUUCAAAAAACUAGUGUUGAUGACAAGUUUGGGGAUGAGAUUGUUGAGAACUGAAGGGUUAAGAUGAACCUUCAAAAGGGAAAAGGCAAACCCAGAAAGAGUGGAAGUUGUAGAAGACAUGCAACAGAGCCAUGGAUCAUGAGGUACCUGGCUCAGUGGGAACCAGUGCCAGCUUCUCUUUGAGAUUGGGUCAGGCUAUUUUUUCCUCUGCUUCACUUCUCUUCAUGUCUUUGGGGGUUGAGUUCUACAGCUACACUGCUUUCUGCUACCUGGUCACAGUCAUGGGUCUGGUUAUACCAUGGAGUUUCACAUUGGCAAUGGUUGAUGGUUACUCUGUUCUUGUUAAAUGUCCCCUUCGUCAGCCUGGAAUACUGCUGAUCAUUGUUGUAGGAGAUUGGAUCCUAUCAAUUCUUACUCUGGGUGCAGCAUGCUCAACAGCUAGUGUUGUGGACGUCCUGCUCCACGCAGGUGGUCCAUAUUGCCCUCCAAAGUUUUGCAGCAGGUACAAGAUAUCUGCUGCUAUGGCUUUCAUGACAUGGUUUCUCUCGUUGGCUUCAUCUCUUUUCAAUCUCUGGUUACUUCCCUCCUUGUGAUUCUUAUAUGCACAUAGCUCAUUCUCCUAUUGGUUUAAUGCAGAAACUGUAAUCCAUUUGAAAGUAUUCAGUCUUUUGGAAAAUGUAGAUUUGUACUUCUGCAGUGUUCAAAUCAUAAACAGAUAAUUGUAAAUAAAGUUUCUAUCCUUUAAGAAAGCUGGACCCUUUUGAUGA